GAGUGCAAAUACAAAUAAUAAACCAAGACCGAGAAUGAUUGGAAGGCUAGGGAUUGGCUGCCGCGAGAAGGCUCGACUCAUGCAUUUAAAAAUAAAUUAACAUCUAUUGCAGUAAACUCUCUUGCACUUAACACUUAUUCCUCGCUCUACAUACUCGCGUCGUACGUACGCUCAUACAGCAUAAUAUAAUAUAAUACAUACGGCGUGUAGCAUACAACUAAAACUCAAAGAGUAAUACUGUAAAGUUAAAUUGAAACCGGGCAGUGCACUCGUGUCGUCUCGUGAGUCAAGUCUCCAUUAAAACAUAUUACAUCAGAAUAGUGAAUCUCUUCUCAUUUAAUUACUGCUACAAUAUAUGUAUAUAUUGCUAAUUACUAUUACUAUCAACAUUAACAUCAUCGUCACGUUAUUUUAACAGUAAUAUGAUUAAAAUAAUAAGUAGAACAGUUAAUAAAAAUAUAAGUGACUAGUGAGCAUACGACGUAGCUCCUAACCUAAAAGUUGUUAAAAAAUAAUUACGGCUAGUAACGACUGAUAAAGAUUAUUGGAUAACUGAGUAAGAAAUGUUAAUAACAUUAUCUUUGAGGUGAAAUGUCUCGAAGUCUGCCAGACAGAGUAGCAGGGCUCUAUUAUGCCCAUGGUCUUUUUUGCUCAUCACAUCCUGUUGCAAUACUGUCAUUGGCAAUAUCUAUUAUAUUAAUAUGUUGUUACCCGCUGAUAAACUUGCCAAUGCCUGGCAACACACCCAAAGUAGUUAUCAAUACGACAGUGACAAAUGGAUCAAAUAGAUCCGAAAGUUCAUUACUCUACGUACAACAAGUGUCGCUGAGAGUUGGAGUGGUACCAUGGGCUGAAGACCUUGCUCUGUCUGAUGCUUUCAGGGCGCCGCUUUAUGAAGUCUUCAAUUUGCUGGAAAUAAUACAAAAUUACCAGGAUCCAGAGACACUAAAAACUCUCGGUAAUGUGUGUCUUCACAUAGAGGCUGUCAAAAAAAGAAACUAUAAAAAAUCUGAAAUAUUACCCGAGUACAAUUGUCUUGUAUUAUCACCGGCAAAUUUAUGGCAACAGAGCAUUGAAAUGUUCAACCGCGACACUGAUAUUUUGGGUACAAUAUUUUCUUACCAGAAUCUUCAGAAGGGCAAAAUAAGUCUUGCAGAAAUGGUUUUUGGUAUGAAUUUAAAAGAAACUGGAGUAAGACGUUAUCCAGUGCGUGUAAGACAAAGAAUACUGCAAUUUGCAGUCACUAUUUUUCUUAAAGAAUAUAAUCCAAGGUUCAUUGAAGGUUUAAAAAAUCGUCUAACAACAUACUACAACCUCCACCAAUCAAAAGAAAAACUCGGUAACACAAGCUUGCCUCCUGAUGAGACACUUCACAUAUUCUAUCCCGGGGAAUUUAAUUACAGCGACUUUUUUCCCUUGAUGAUGACAUUCUUCGCUUUAUUUUUCUAUGUGUACUUCUCAGUCCGUAAAAUGGAAUUAAUAAAGUCGAAAGUCGGGGUGGCAUUCAGCGCGACAUUCACGGUAAUAUCAUCGCUGUCAAUGACCGUGGGAAUAUGUUUUUUUUUCGGACUGACCCUCAGUCUCAGCGGCAAGGAAGUAUUUCCCUACCUGGUGAUAAUAGUGGGACUAGAAAAUGUCCUUAUAUUAACAAAGAGCGUGGUCAGCACGCCAGCUCACUUGGACGUAAAGAUCCGAGUAGCCCAAGGACUGUCCAAGGAAGGUUGGUCGAUAACCAAGAAUCUGUUGACCGAGGUAACGAUUUUAACCAUCGGUCUCUUUACAUUCGUGCCAGCGAUCCAGGAAUUUUGCAUAUUUGCUAUCGUCGGUUUGUUAAACGAUUUUUUCCUGCAAAUGGUAUUUUUCUCAACUAUCCUGGCCGUCGACAUCCGACGAACCGAGUUUUCCAGCGACAACACAAAGUUUCACUUCACAAACUUCCCAUCUAUGCGCAAGCAGCAAUUUUCCUCGACGAUUAUAAACCACAGCAAUAAAAAGCCGAAUAUAAUUCGCUCAAAGUCUCACCCACGGCUAAACGGCAUGACCUCAUCCGGACCAACGAACGUAAUAGCGCCGACGUCGCAAAAUACUUACACGCUGGUGAAAAUACCGAAGCGACUGAGAUUAGUGCAUUUUUGGGCACGUACCAGGAUUUUCCAACGCGCGUUUAUGGUCUGGAUGGUUGUGUGGAUUAGUAUGAUAAUUUACAACUCAGGGAUAAUAGAACACUUGAUACACCUCAGCGAUACACUGAAAUCUGACUCGGAGAUGUACGGGUACACGGUUGAUAGGCAGCGUACUUUUAAAAAUUACGUUGAGCUCAAAACCACAAAACCUGUUAUCGCGACAACUAUCUUGCCUAGUGUGUUUAAUAAUAGUAACAAUAUUAAUUUUUUAAAUAAUAGUAACAGUGAUGAUAAUAAUAAUUUUAGUCAAAGUGUUGGUACCAACAACAAUAAUCGAGGACAUGAUACAAAUAAUAUAACAGAAGAAUUAAAUAAGUUAAAACUUGUUGAUUUUCCGCCGUGGAACCGGCUGUCACUUUAUCACUGGUCGUCUAUUAUUGCUAUGUAUAAUAUUUCAAUUGCUGGAGAACACAUCACUGUCCUACCGACUAUUAAAAUAGCUCAUGCUGUUAAUCCACAAGUUGCUAGGCAGAUAAGCAAUCCUGAUGAUAUUCAGCAAUUUCAAUGGCAAAGUUUGGCUACUGCGGCUUUGGAUCCUCUUGAUUUUUCUGAUAUCGAAGUACCAACAAGAGAAAGCCGGGGCUUCAACACAGAUGCGCCCUUCGUCCCAUCUAGUCCAAUGGAAAUAUUUCUAGCAACCCUUCUUUGCCUUGUGAGCGUAAUCGUGGUUGUCUAUACAAUGGUCGUGUUAUACAGAUGCAUUUGCACGCGAAAUUACGCAGAAUGGCGAGCAAGUUGGCACCAGCAAGAAAAGUCUCAAGAUUCUUCAACACAACUGGUAUUAGAAGCGCUACCUCUGAUACUCGACGGUCACACUCAGGAGAUCGAAUGCCUGGCGACUGACGGAAACACUAUUGCCAGCACCUGUCUCGCAGGUCACAUCAAGGUCUGGGACGCGACUACCGGCGACAUGCUUUCUCAUAUAGACCGAAAGAAAUUUUUCAGCACUCCGCAUCGUGAUGCGAUAAACGCGACUCCAGACCCCGACGAGCUGAUGUCUGACUACGAGAGUGGAUCUCCGCCUUCGCGAGGUGAAUUCGACUCCCAGCACUCUUUCGGACUCUAUUCCGCGGCCACGGGUCCGCAGAAGUCUCCUGGAUCCAACAACUACCAGCGCAUAGAGAAGAUCAAGAAGCGGCACUCCACCCAUUCCCUGGACUACGAGUACCACCAGAUAAACGAGUUCCCGCAAAACGAGAAACGUAAAUCUCUUGGUCGAUUGUCCAACCGAGGGUUUGAACUUCCUGACUUCCGUCCGCUUAUCAACACCAAAUUCAAUAAUUCACCAGUGCCUAUUUCAGCGAAGAAGAAUUAUGAAAAUGGGUUUGAUUACGGCGAUAAUUAUAAAAAAUUGUUCACUGAACACAUCAAGACACUUGACGAUAUUGAUAAAUGCGGAAGUAGUGAAUAUUUAACUGGUAGCACCGGUACGCUUAAUAACAACGACUUGUUGACAGACAGUGCUACGUCGUUGAACACCAACAAAACUACUCAGUCCUACAAUAUCGCGCCUAUUUGGUGUGUAGACUACCAGGACAAUAUCAUCGUCGUCGGGUGUGCCAAUGGAGCGCUGGAGUUCUGGGAAGGCACUACCGGGCUGUUGAAGUGCUUCUUCGACGACGGGUCUGGUCUAGGUAUAUCUGCAGUAAAAUUAGUUUACAAUAGAGUAGUAGCCGCGAAAUUAAACGGCUCCGUGGAUUUCCUGGAGCUGGAACAGCACAGUGAGGGCCAUCACGUGGGCUGGGGUUUCACUUCAGGUCGCAGGACACAUGUGAGGACAGGAAGCGCUGGUUCGCCGAUGGACCUCAACCUGCAACCUCCUGCCAAAGAAGAGUUUAGGUGCAUUAAAAAAGGGUCACACAGAGCGCACCAACAGGCCAUCACUGUUUUGGACAGCGAAGGCGGUCGCGUGGUCACGGGUAGUCAAGACCACACGCUGAAGGUAUUCAGACUAGAGGACCUCGUUCCUAUGUACACGCUCCAUGGACACUGUGGUCCCAUUUCUUGUCUAUUUAUCGACAGAAUCAGUCCUAUGACCUCAGGCAGUGGCUCACAGGACGGACUUCUUUGUGUCUGGGACUUACUUAAUGGUACUUGUGUGUACAGCAUACAGGCACACGAUGGUGCAAUAGCUGCAAUAACUUGUUCAGCGUCUUAUGUAAUAAGCAUUGGCACUGACGAGAGACUUUGUGUUUGGGAGCGUUUUCAAGGCCAUCUUUUGCAUACCCUACCUGCUCAUAGGGCGGCUUAUAGUCUUCAAUUAGUUAUGCUAACGCAUCAAUUACUCAUUACAAGCAAUCAGGGCUCUCUAGUUGUCUGGGAUGUAAGGACUGGUGAACCAAUGAGAGAAGUAAGAUUGGGCCACAAGGAUAGUUGUGUGUAUGUUAAACAAAUGCUGGCGUUGCGAGACAGCAUUGUUUGUGACUUUGGCCGGCAAUUAUGUAUUGUCAGAUUCCCUUUGGUGUCUGAUAAACUAGACUGAGAUCAAAUUUGUCAGUGUAAAUAGCUAGUAAUUUAAUUUUAAUUAUAGUUAUUAUAAUUAUUAUGUUUAACUAUCAACUAUAAUUUCACUGUCAUCCUUAUAUUUUUUUAUUCAGCCUCGGCAUCGAUUGUUUCUCAGAUCAUUAUAUUUUAAUUAAGCAAUUAGAUUUUUUUAAGUUACAUCGUCGUUUCUGUGUAUCGUAUGCGCACGAUUUAAUUACAAUUGUCCAAUGGCUGUGUAGCAUUAAAACAUUUUUAUUUAGAGAUACAA